CCAACUCAUCAACAGUGAUUUCAAGUAAUGAGUAUGAUAGAGAGGUUCAAUCAGGUAUAUUGGAAAAAUCUAAAGAAAAACUACAAAAACAUGAAGCUAGUCAAAUUCCAGCAGAAUUUAAAGAGAUGAAUAAUAUUUUAAAAAUAUGCAAUUGGCUGGUAAAAUAUCAAUCUAUAUUGCAAUUAGCCAACCAAAUGUAUAUGGCAUCCUCAUCAUUAAUAGAAAAUGUUGAAACUUUUAAUGAAUCGUCAAUGCCUUCAUCUGCAAUUUCGUCAAAUAUAAAUAAUAAUAGAGAUAGUGCACACAUAUGGGAUAAAGAAAUAAAAUGUCUCUUUCUUAGAGCAAGAUUUCCCUCGGCAACAUGUAUCGAUGAAUUUGUUAAAAAAAUAUUUGGGUAUCCACCCUAUUCUAAAGAAGGAACAGAGAUUCAAACUAAAACAAAAAAUACGUUAA